CAGAGCACGCGUGAUUGUUAGAAAAAAAGGAGGGGGGAGUCAUUAUUUAGGGGAAGAAAGAAAGAAAGCAAGAAAGAAAGUAAGUUGUCGACCGUGCAAUGAACGCUGGGAGGGAUUUAUUUAUACCCAGUGGCUUUUUUUGGGACGGAAACGAGUCGCGAGAACAGACUUUUCCUUGUCUUUCCCAACUUCUCCGCUCCCGGACGGAAUCGGGCAACGCGUACGCUUGCUGCGGACUUUAUCGGUUUUGUUUUUUUACUCCUGGGAUGAAUGGCAGGAGUCGGGUGAGUCGUGCACAGGGAAAUCUGUUGUCUUAAGUAUCUUUUUCUUGCAAGCAAAUGAUAGGAAGUAGUAUUUCCCAGCAUACUGAGUUAAAAGAAUCUAAAGACGACUUGGGGACGAUGCAGAUGUGGAGGGGCCAUAAAGGAGGCCCUGCACCGCGAGAAGUUUCCUGGAUGUGUGCUUCUUCUGACUUGUCCAAAUGGGUUUGACCUGGAGGUUCUCCGCAUGAUGGCGAAGUAGUCAGGAUUUAAGGCAUGGCAUGCCCCCCUGAUCUUAUUUAUCUUGCUAUUUAUUGUCCGCUGUAAGUCAUUUCAGAGUAGUUAUUUUUGAGUUUGAGAAGAAGAAAGCAGGCUUUUCGUCAUGGAUCGACCGAUAAGCAAGUUGCUGGAGAAGCUGAAGCUUACAGACUCUGGAAGCGUGAAGCUCAACAGCCCCAAGAAAAAGCACGAUCCGGCUGGAAACAUCAACAACAGCAACGGGAACAGCGGAGGUUUGGCAACUCAGGUUCCUCAGCAGUCCUCAGUCCAGCCGGAGGAGCAAGCGGCGGCUCAUGCUUCCGCUUUGGCGCCGCUGAGGCGUCGAUCGCCCCAGCAGAGGGCCUCGUGUUACCUGGGAGAAGGCCUGGAUUCUCACCUGAGGCGGGAGGCGGGCCCGGAGUGCGAUUCUGCGGGACACGACGAGUCUUUGAACCGGCGCCGAUACUCCCUGGAGCUUCAGCAGCUGGUCCGCAGGCAGCAGCUCCUAUCCCAACCGCCGCCGUACCCAGUUAACGUCAGUUACGGUUCGGGCCCCAGAGGCGCAGCUGAGACGGGAUACCUCUCGGAACCGGAGAGACACAAACGUCUGUCGCUCCAGGAAGCUUUGUUCUACAAACGCCUGAGCACGGGGAGCGAAAUGUGGGAGAGCCCGCGACCUGCGUCCCUGUCUCAUCCGCCGCAACGCCCGGCCGAUGCUUUCUUCUACCCGCCGGGGCCCGCCCUGAGCCCGUGCUCGUCCUUCAGCCUCCAGGAGUCCGUGUUGGUCAGCCCCCGGUCCAGCUUCGCCUCCAGCACAGCCAGCGGAGGCGGAGGGGGCGGGAGCCCCAUGGGCAGCCGCUGCAGCAGCAACCGAACCAGCGGAAUCAGCCUGGGCUACGACUCCCGUUACUCCAACCCGCCCCAACGGCAGUCCCCGUCCUCGCAGACGGGGCCCGUUUACGGAAGAACCCCCGUGGAGGCUUGGACUCAAUACCUGGACACGCGUCAGUGCGCCUACGAUACCCGGCACUCCUACCCGCCUGCCGUGGGGAGCCCGGCCGCCGCGUGUUACCCAGCAGGACCGGAGUGGUGGGACGAGCAGAGGUCCAGAGGCAAAGAAGGGGGCAUCGCGCUAGGCGAGAAGAGCCGCCACUCGGACCUGCCCGGGAUGCGCUAUCAAGAAGAGCUGACUAGACUUCUUCUGAGGGACGCGGCUCUCGAGGGUGGGGGUCUCCUGGAGGGCCUGAUGCUGAAAGAACAGUCGGCAACACCAACGGCUCUAUCCAAACCUGGCGCGGCACCAGUACCAUCACCCGCCGGGGUGCCGCAGAUCAAAGCCCAGGAGGAUCUCGGGGCGGCCGCCGGACGUGAAGCUACGGAGAACCGUCAGGAAUUCUUUGGUACCUGCAUCAAAUGUGGCAAAGGUGUGUACGGCGCAGACAACGCCUGCCAGGCUCUGGAUAGCCUUUAUCACACGCGAUGCUUCACCUGCGUGUCCUGCGGACGCGCUUUGAGGAAUAAGGACUUUUACAACGUCAACGGCUCGGUUUACUGCAAAGAAGAUUAUAUGUUUUCGGGAUUUCAGGCUGCCGCCGAGAAGUGCAGCGUGUGUGGACAUCUCAUUCUGGAACAGAUCCUGCAGGCGCUGGGGAACUCGUACCAUCCCGGCUGCUUCCGUUGCGUGGUGUGCUCCAAGGCCUUGGACGGCGUGCCCUUCACCGUGGACCAGCACAGCAACAUCUACUGCGUGGCCGACUACAACAAGACUUUCGCCCCCAAAUGUGCUGCCUGCUUGCAGCCCAUUUUGCCCACCGAGGGCAGCGAGGAGAUCCUCAGGGUGGUGUCCAUGAAUAAGGACUAUCAUUUCGAGUGCUACCACUGCGAGGAGUGCGGCAAGCAGCUCUCAGAUAAGCCCGGCUCGCAGUGCUUCCCGCUGGACUCUCAUCUGCUCUGCCACCCGUGUCACGUGAGCCGGGUUUGCGGCGGCGGCAACUGAGGAAGCCCUCCAUGUAACUGCUGAUACCAGACAUUCCCACCGUUCCUCUUGAUUACACGAUACCUGCUGUUUGAUUAUUACUGUAAGGGAACAGGAACUACUGCUCGAUUGCUGUAGAAGAACAAGGGACCCUGCUAAAGUGUACAUAUUUUUUUUUGUUUCGUUAGCAAACGUUUUGCACUUCAAUCUCAACGCUACGAAAGAGAUUUUCUUCAAGUAAACCCGGCGAGUUUCAGGACAAUUACCGUCACUUCCGGAUGCUGUAAUAACAUGUUUGCGUUCCGACUAGAGUCGAAAUAAGACUUCUUUGCGGUUGUACAUUUCAGAGAUGGUAUAAAAGAAUUGGAAAACUUCCCGGUUUGUUUGCCUCUGAUUUGUCUUCUCCGGCAGAGAGAGAUCCAAAGGCCAACCUUUUCCCAAGUCACUAGCGUUUGUAAGUUUAUUUUCUUAUUUGUAAUGAUUUGAGAUACAUUCAGCAAACAACAACAAAAAUCAUCUGAACAAUAACAGUCAAAACUGCUGUUAAAAGACAAACCAAAUUUGAUGUUCUCUAAAUUUGGGGAAUUUUGCAGAAAUGUACUGAAACACAUUCAAACAAAAAAGUUUCCAGGUGCAGGUUGACGCUGAAAUUUCAUAAAGUAGAUUUUAGAGCGGGCAAAUGUUCCAAAAUGAACGUUAAAAUAAAAAACACAGAAUCCUCACUGGUCUGUAAAACCUGUGGAAACACUAAAAUU